AUGGCUAGCCGCCGCACGGUCGCGUGCACACCCGAGACACUACAUUUGUCCGCUUCUUCUGACAGCGCAGCACCUGUGACAUCCGGUACGAGCGUGCUCGGGACGGGCUUUGAGGCGCGUGCUUGCGGCUGUCAAAAAUGGCCGCCGAUAAGAAGCCAAGUGAGGCUUGCCGUUAUCGCACACGUGGAAAUUGGCGGCGACCAGAAGCGCUCGAGACUCCGUUUCUUCCGCCUUGGUGAUGUCCGCUAUCUCAGGACCUUGCAAGUUGCGAGCCCCCGCGUCCAGCCAGUAGCCGCCGAUGCAGGGCUACCUGGGAUCUCGGCCGUGCCUCCUGGCCCUACCGCGGCCAUCUCCGGUGAUGCUUCCGCUUACUGGAGGCUCCGCACUCACAUUGAUCCUCCAUAG